CUUCGUUUCAGUUGAAACUUUCGCAUCUCUCUGUGCACAUCUCAUCGCUCGGAGGCUCAAAUAUAAAUAUACACAACAAUUAUUAAAAGAAAUUUCUAAUAUAUUUUGACUUUGUGGUCACCUAGAAAAUGGUCAACGAGCUCAACAGACCCCAAAAUGGGGACAAUGCCGCCUUGAGCGAGCGCCUGGCAGCCUCCAACCGGCAGCUGCAAGAGAUGCAGGAGGAGCACCGCCAGUUGCUCGAGGAGAUGGAAACCUUGCGUCUGCGAGCCGCCGAGCUCACUCUUUUGAAUGCCCAGCGCCAGCAAUUGAGGCAGUCGACCGUCGUGGAGGAGGUGUCCCAGUCCCAUUCCCAGUCCCAGGAAACCACGGUCAGCCAGGUGGAAGCUCCAGCGGAGCCAGAGCCAGUGCCCUCAUCCUCCUCCCCCACCCCUUCCGCUGAUCCCGCAUCACCAACUGUCCAGGAGGAAGGCGACGAGGACAACGAGGAGCAGGCCAGCUAUCUGCAGGCGAAACUAAACGAGAUCGCCAACCUGAAGGCUCAGUUUAAGCGGGUGCAAAACAUGGUGGACACCACCAAGAUGAUCGAGCAGCAUAUGUCCACCAGGCAGACCGUGCAGAGCAGCUCCUCCGUUCAGAGCAGCCGCCAAGUCACUAGCUCCGAAGUUCGAGUGGCAAGUGAAGUGACUGAGCAGAUAGCUGAGGAAGCCAGUCCUUCAACGGGCAAUCCACCCGACAACGCAGAGCUCCUGAACUCCAUGCUGAACAUGUUCACGGACUUUACCAGCGAUCUGCGCGGUCAGGCGGAGAGUCUCCGGGCGGAGCGGGAUCGCAUCAGGACCCUCAAGGAGGACAUCAUCCAGCGCAAGCAGGGAAAAUAAUCUUUAUUACGUGAAAACACGCACUUGUUCUAGUCAUAUAAUGUCCAAAAUUAAAGGAAGAUAUUAUAAAAUUAAAGAAUAAUAACCAAGUAUAUAAACACUU